CUCGCUUCUACAAGUCGAAUGCUGAGUGCACACGGACGAGUGACGUAAGCGGGUCUUGUGUGCGUAUGGAGCUCUCGUGGGAAAACUGACAUCGCUGCUGUCGACCCUUAAGAUCAGGUAGAGGUUCGAAUCAGGACUGAUCUGUACCAAUUCGAGAAGAAAAAACGAAAAUUUGUCUUGGGUUUACGCUCUAAUUUUUGCUUACAAUUGCGGCCUUUGUGAUAGAAAAUCGUUGUUUCCGUAUCGUCCAAUUAAAUGAGAAACUCGAAUGGGGAUUUUUAAGCAGCGUUACCAAACUCGAUCUUCACCUUAUUGACAGAUGUAGAACUUGUGUUUUGUCAUCAAUUUCGCGAUAUUUCUCGAUUUCUCGAAUGGCACGUCUAAUCUUAUUACGCAUAAGAGCAACUCAGAGGCGAUGACCAAUGUUUCUCGGUGUGUUGAAGAUACUACCUAUUAGAAUAGUAGUAAUGGACAGUUUAUUUACACAAACUAUUCCCGAUGAGGCGGAAGACAUACCGCAAACGGAUGAACCAGUUUGGAUACUUGGCAGAAAGUACAAUGCUAUAAAAGAGCUGGAUGCAAUACGUAGAGAUAUUCGAUCCAAAAUAUGGUUUACCUAUCGCAAAGGCUUUGUUCCCAUUGGUGGCUGCAGUUCCACAUUCACGUCUGAUAAAGGUUGGGGCUGUAUGCUGAGAUGUGGGCAAAUGGUUCUUGCCCAAGCUUUAAUUACAUUACACUUAGGUAAAGAAUGGCAGUGGAUGCCAGAAACAAAAAAUAGCACGUAUCUGAAGAUUUUAAGGCGUUUUGAGGACAAAAGAGCUGCCGCUUUUUCUAUUCAUCAAAUUGCGUUGAUGGGUGCAUCCGAAGGGAAGGAAGUUGGACAAUGGUUUGGUCCUAAUACGAUUGCACAAGUAUUAAAAAAAUUAAUUGUGUACGACGAAUGGAGCUCCCUCACUAUACAUGUUGCACUAGACAAUACAUUAAUAGUUAAUGACAUUUUGAGGCAAUGUAGAGUGGAGGGUGGAGUGACAGCAGAAGUAGAUGGAGAAAUACCACUAAGGGCACCCAGCCAAUGGAAACCUUUAUUAUUGUUAAUCCCAUUGCGCCUUGGACUCAGCGAGAUCAAUCCUGUAUACAUUAAUGGACUCAAGACAUCGUUCAAGAUGUCACAAUCUUUAGGAGUCAUUGGAGGGAAACCCAAUCUUGCCCUAUAUUUUAUAGGCUGUGUAGGAGAUGAGGUGGUCUACUUGGAUCCUCAUACAACCCAGAGAUCAGGUAGUAUCGAAGACAAAAUGAACGAAGAAGAAGUAGAAAUGGAUGCCACAUAUCACUGCAAAUCAGCUAGUCGUAUUCCUGUUACGGAAAUGGAUCCUUCUGUGGCACUUUGCUUCUUCUGCGCUACGGAAAAGGAAUUCAAAUCUUUAUGCAAGUCGAUGCAAGAAGAAUUAAUUUUACCCGAGAAACAACCGUUGUUCGAAAUUUGCACAGAGCGUUUGGUUCACUGGUCACCAGCAGAGGAGGCUGUUUCCGAAACAAUAGCAGCUUCCAGUUUUGUGGAUUUCGAACAUAUUGAACGUCAGUAUGACACAUCCGAUGAAGACUUUGAACUACUUGGUUGACGGCCACCUGCUGCACCUAGUGUUGUGACAAGAUAUAAGAAGACAAUUGGAUUUUUCAUGAUGGUGUUCUUAGAGACAAUUUAUAUUUUUGACACCGUGCAAAAUUCAGUAAGAAUAUAAUAUAAUAUUUAAAUAUACUUUAUACAUAUACGUGUGCGUCUGUGCGUGUAUGUACACGCGCACGCCUUUGUGAAUAUAUAAUACUUAGGUUUAUACAUUUGCAAUAUUAUAAAUCAAGAAUUGCAUAUGUUUACGCUUUACACAGAUCUUUGUGUCGUUGUGGUACCACAUUGAUUACUUGUCAUCUUCAUUUGACUAUAUACAUAUGUAAUAAUAUAUUUCUAAAAUAAAAGUAUGAAUUAGGAGUUU